GGGACUUAAUCCAGGCCGGCUCUACAAAACCCUCUGGAGAAAUGAGUCGCUCCUCAAUGUGUGUCUAACGGUGUGGAACACAAGAUGAUCCGGCUGUGAGGCUGUUUAGACAAAAUUACCGCCGAGGCGAAUCUGAAGACACACUAGCAGGGGACCGUGGCCGCUGCCAUUCCACACUCCUCUGGAGGAACUAAUUUAUCUCGCCGAUCGACACCCUGAUAAAGCCGGCCGCCGGGGACACCAUGAGGCUGCUGACUUUGGGAGCCGUUUGUCUGCUGCUGUGGCAGCGACCUGCCGGGGCGCAGUUCCCCCGGGCCUGCUGCACGGUGGAGGGCAUCCAGACCAAGCAGUGCUGCCCGGCUCUGGGUCCCGAUCCCGGCAACGUCUGCGGAUCCCUGGCGGGGAGGGGGAGCUGCCAGGCGGUGCGGGUGGACAACAAGCCGUGGGGGGGGCCGUACAGGCUGAGGAACGUGGACGACAGGGAGCGAUGGCCGACCAAGUUCUUCAACCAGACCUGCAGAUGCGUGGGGAACUUCGCCGGCUUCGACUGCGGCCAGUGCAAGUUCGGCUGGAGCGGAGCCAACUGCGACCAGAGGAAGGCGCCGGUGGUCCGUAAGAACAUCCACGACCUGAGCCCGCAGGAGCUGCAGGAGUUCCUGGACACGCUGCAGCUGGCCAAAACCACCAUCCACCCCGACUACAUGAUCGCCACCCAGCACUGGCUGGGCCUGCUGGGACCCAACGGGACGGAACCGCAGUUCGCCAACAUCUCCAUCUACGACUUCUUCGUGUGGCAGCAUUACUACUCUGUGAGGGACACGCUGCUGGGUCCUGGUCGUCCAUUCAAAGCCAUAGACUUCUCUCACAAGGGCCCUGCCUUCAUCACCUGGCACCGGUAUCACCUGCUCAGCCUGGAGAGGGAGCUGCAGAGAUUAUCAGGGAACGAGAACUUUGCUGUGCCCUACUGGAACUUUGCAACGGGACAGAAUGAGUGCGACGUGUGCACCGACUCCAUGCUGGGCGGCCGCAACCCGGACAACCCGUCCCUCAUCAGCCCCCGGUCCAGGUUCUCCAACUGGGGCGUGGUGUGCAACAGUCUGGACGACUACAACCGUCUGGUGACGCUGUGCAACGGCACCAACGAGGGCUCCAUCCAGAGGGGUCUGAUGGGCGGAGGGAACAUGACCCUGCCCACCAUGAGCGACGUGAGGGGCUGUCUGGGCAUCAGGGACUUCGACAGCCCUCCGUAUUUCACCAACUCCUCUUUCAGUUUCAGAAACGCACUGGAGGGCUACGAGAAACCCGACGGCGAACUGGACGAGUCGGUCAACAACCUCCACAACCUGGUCCACUCCAUGCUCAACGGAACCAGCGCUCUGUCCCACUCGGCGGCCAACGACCCCAUCUUCCUGGUGCUCCACGCCUUCACCGACGCCAUUUUCGAGGAGUGGAUGAAGAGGUUCGCUCCGACCAACGCCAGCUUUCCAGAUGAGAUGGCGCCCAUCGGUCACAACAGGGACUACAACAUGGUGCCCUUCUUCCCACCCGUGACCAACGAGGAACUCUACGUCUCCUCUGAGGAUCUGGGUUACUCCUACUCCAUCGCCCUGGACGAGGCGGACGGCGCGGCGGUGUUCGUGCUGGGCUCCACCCUCGGGGGAGUCUUCGUGGGCCUCCUGGUGCUGCUGCUCAUCUUCCUGCUCCACGUGCGUCAGAGGAGGAACCGAGGCUUUGAACCUCUGAUAAAGGCCGACUUCACCAGCAGGCGAUACACGGAGGAGGAGGCCUAGGAGGUCCAGCCGCAGCUGCCACCUCCGGUGUUGCACAGCCAACCAAACAUGGUGCUCCGCACAUAUAUUGGAAUGUCUUUUUAAUAAAUAUUUAUUCCCAAGAACAGUAACAAAACACAAGUGCACUGAGAGAACGGUAAGGCAUAUUUGCUUCCCUGCUCCUCCUCAAAACCACCCGCAGUGACGUAUAAAAUGCUGACUCUAUCUGUAGUUUUACUGCAAAAAUAUGACCCAGAAAUCUGCUGUCACAAUAAAGAGUGCUUCUG